UCCGUGGUGUUGUGUACUGUGUAUUGUCUGGCAGUGGCAGUUUGAGUUCUCUGUAUAAAGUGAUGUCUGCUGUUGUGCUGCCUUUUACAGAUUAGGCAUAUUUUUUGUGCUUUGCUGAUAAAAUCACCUUGCUGAUUUUAAGGAUUUUGCAGAACGCUGAACAUGUCUGCCGACCUUGACGAGCUGGUUGCUCGUGAGCUGCAGCGUCAAUAUGAAGCUGAGGAGAAGCAGAGACUCGCAGACGAGGCAGCCUCUGAGAGACUGGCCCAGAAACUGGCGACCGGCAGUCACACCAUGUCUGAUGACUCUGAGGGCAGCGACUCGGGCGGCAGAGCCCCGUCCGUGGAUCGUAAUAGGAUAUUGGUCACCCCGGUGCGGCAAAGGACACCAUCCGGGGACUUCAGCAGAACCUGGGCCACUCCUGCACGGCUGCUGGUGCCGCCUGGUGGGUGCAGCAGAACCACUCCGUUACGGCAGACGCCGUCCGGGGGCUGCAGCAGGACCACCCCGAUACGGCAGGGGUGCAGCCAGCCGUUGAACACCCCGGUACGACAGACCCCGUCCGAUGGGCGCAGUCGAUCUCCGUCAAUAUGGCGAACACCGGGGCAGACUACCUCUGCGUCGGUUAGCCCCCGCGGUGAGUCGCCAGCGCCGGCGAGCCCACAGCAGCCUCCAGCGGUGGCUAUCCAACCACAGCCUCCAGCGAUGGCGAGUAAACAGCAGCCUCCAGCGCCUGCGAGGCAACAACAGUCUCCGGCGCCGGCAAGCCCACAGCAGCAACCUCCAGCGCCGGCGAGGCAACAACAACAGCCUCCAGCGCCGGUGAGGAAACAACAACAGCAACAUCCAGCGCCAGCUAGCCAACAACAACCUCCAGCGGCGGCAAAGCAACAACAGCAUCCUCCAGCGCCGGCUAGCCAACAACAACCUCCAGCGCCGGCGAAGCAACAACAACAGCAACCUCCAGAGCCGGCGAGCCAACCACAACAGCAACCUCCAGAGCCGGCGAGCCAACCACAGCAGCAACCUCCAGUCACGGCGGCGACCAAAAGACGCGCCUCUGUUCUGUGUGCCCCGGGGAAGCGGCGAGCUCUCCCGUCCACUCUGGGUGAAGCUAGUGCGGCGGCUACAUCAUCUAGAGGCCGCGGGCGUGGCUCGGCAGGUCGUGGGCGCGGCGCGGCGGCGGCCACAUCAUCUACAGGCCGCGGGCGCGGCUCGGCGGCCGGCCGUGGCAAGCCUGCGGCGGGCCGCGCCAAGCCAGCGGCGGUAGGGGAGCAGGGAGCGACUGGUAACGAAAGUGCACCGGCUGGUGUGCCUGUGUGUCCCUUUGGCGCCAAGUGUUACCGCACCGGUAACCCGGAGCACAUGGCGGCGCUGUGGCAUCCGGGCCGUCCGUCCGGCCAGGCCCAUCAACGUGAAGCUGGUGGCUCUGCGCAGAAUGCUGGUGCCAGAAACGGCGCGGGUGCUUCAGGGCAGCAACCGAAGCCGAGGUGCACCAUCGCAGACCGGCUGCGGGAGGCCGAACCGAUGUCGUUCUUCUUGACCAAGGUACGCUCUGUGAAGUCCACGUGGCGGGAGAGGAUGGCGGUGGGCAUCGCCGAGCUGCUCGACCCCUCUCUGGGUGAACUGCGCUCGUCGCUGCAGGUCAACUACAUGGUGGACCUGGCGUGGCUCCUGGAGGCGUACACCGUGCACGGCUACCAGGACAAGCCGCUGACCGUGCUGCACGGCACGAACGGACUCAUUGAUCCGGGCUUUCCCGGCAUCAUCACGCACAAGGUGAAAAUGCCCAUGCUGUGGGGAACUCACCACACGAAGAUGAUGAUUUUCGAGUACACAGAGGGCAUGCGCGUGGUGAUUCACACGGCAAACCUGGUGGAGAGCGACUGGGAGGACCGUACGCAAGGUGUGUGGGUGUCGCCGCUGCUGCCGACGCUGCCGGCCGGCGCUCCCGACACCGCUGGCGAGUCGCCGACAGAGUUCCGCGCGCACCUGCUGUACUACCUGACCCACUACCAGCUGGACAUCCUGACGCCGUGGAUAGAGAGGGUCAGACGCACCGACUUCAGCGCCAUUCGUGUGUUCCUGGUAGGCUCUGUGCCGGGUCGGUUCGUCGGCCCCGAGCUGAACCGCUGGGCUCACAAUCGGGUGUACGACCUUCUGAACAAGCACACGCCCCGCUGCAACUGGCAGCUGAUCGUCCAGUGCUCCUCCAUCGGCGCUCUGGGCGAGGUGCCCCACGAGUACCUGCUCGACGAGUUCUCGUUCUACAUGUCGGGCGGCCUGCGCAACGUACCGGUGGCCGUCAUCUUCCCGUGCGAAGAGGACGUGCGCACCAGCCUGGAGGGCUACGAGGCCGGCUCCUGUCUGCCCUACCGGUGGGGCCAGGACAACAAACAGCGCUGGCUGUACGAAUUCAUGUGCAAGUGGCGCAGUGAGACGCGGAACCGGACCCGGGCGAUGCCGCACAUCAAGACGUACACACAGAUAUCUCCCGACGGCCGGAAGAUGGCCUGGUUCCUUCUCACAUCGCACAACCUCUCGAGGUCCGCAUGGGGUGUCACGCAGAAACAGGACAAACAGAUGUGCUCCCGCUCCUACGAGCUGGGGGUGAUGUUCCUGCCCAAGUUCCUGGGCUGUGAGUAUCUGUCGGUGCUGACCGGGGACUCGGUGGCACCGGGCGGCAUCAGUCUGCCCUACUGUGUCCCGCUGACCGCCUACCAGCCGGGAGAGCAACCCUGGAUCAUCGACAAAGCACACAAAAAGCCAGAUAUAUUCGGCACAUCCUUAAGUAAGCCAACUUUCGGCUGAGGAGCCCGAACGAGUGGCGUCGGACGGUGCGGCUACUGAGUGCCACUGGAGUGGGAUGGUCGGCGUCCAGCGAAGCUCACGCGAUUUGUUACUGGAGAGCUGUCUGCGAGAACCGGGCGGAGUAUGCAGCCAGAAUCCUGGGAAUAUGCUGGAAGAAGAGGUUGUCUCGAGAGGAAUGUCGAAAAAGGUUGUCUCAACAUUGCAAUUGGAGAUGGUCGUGAUCCUUCCUUUCUGUGGUGCCUUGUGGAACCUAGCAGUAGAAGUAAUCUUGGUAGAAGCUGAAUCACGGUUGCAGCAGGAUUAGACUGUUGUGCGUCGGCAGUUAGACGGUGACGUGAUUCAAACUUGUGUGCUGCAUUUGCCUGUUCGUGCUCUGAUCGACGAUCUGCUGCGGAGUGUGAGUAGCUGGCGAUUGAGGCAUCGUAGGCAGUCGAGUUUCGUCGUUUUAAAUCACCCUUGAAUUGUACACAGGCAUUUGUCUUUCAGUCACGUGUGGCUUUUCGCCAUGGCGAUUUUUGUCGUUUUAUUAUUUUGGCUAUGUCUUGCAACCAUUGAAUUGUUGAUUGCAGGAAGGCUGAUGUGGUGCACUUGAAUAAAUGAUUAUUUUGUGAA